AAGGUUUGCAUCGUUUUUGCAAAUAUUGCAAUGUUUGGUUUAUAGAUAGUGGAAUCAUAUCUCUAAUGAAGGGUGCACGGUGAAUAUAAAGGUCUUUACAAAUCAUCGAGAUUGGAAUCAUAAAUAUAAACUCGAUUAGUCUUUUUGCACUAUGUGGAUUACUGUGGCCAUUAUUGUUGUGUUGGUCUGUUUGAUUGGUGGACUUUCCAAACGACCUAGAGGUCUUCCACCAGGUCCGACAAGUUAUCCGUUCAUCGGCAAUGUAGGACUCUUCAAACCAUCCGACGCCCCGAAAGCUCACAGAAAAUUAAGGAAGAUUUAUGGAGACAUUUACUCUUUAAUGCUAUUCUACAAACCUAUGAUAAUUGUCCAUGGAUAUCAUCAUAUCAGGGAACUUCUGGCAAAACAUGGCGAUGUGUUUUCAGAGCGACCAAAAGUCCUUCCAUCCGUUGCCCUUGCUAAAGGAAAAGGAUUGGUAUGGUCCUCGGGUCCCUUAUGGAAAGAACAAAGAACGUUUGCACUGACAACGAUGCGUAAGUUCGGAUUCGGGAAACGUUGCUUGGAAAGCCAGAUCAUAGAAGAAGUAGACUGCUUAAUGGAUGAACUAGAAAAAUAUGGACAAGAGGCUUUUGACAUUCAAAGUAUGCUGAAUACCACAGUUUCAAACGUUAUUUGUUCACUUUUAUUCGGUAAAAGAUUUAAUUAUGAAGAUAAAAAAUUCAAGCGAUUGAUUUAUUUACUCAAUGAACUGUUCUCGACUGCCAAUGCUUCUUCAAUCGGAUUUCUUUUUCCUUGGGUGCGCCAUUUUCAAAUUAGUAGCACUCGGAAGAUAAUGAAGGACAUUGAUGCUUUGACUGCGUUUGUAACUGAAAUGAUAGAAGAGCACAGGAAAAAUUUUGAUGAGAACAACAUCAACGAUUUCGUCGACGCUUUCCUUCUGGAACAAAGUCAAAAAGAAAAUGAGAUAAACUCGACAUUCACAGAUGAACAGCUUGUCACCAGUGUACGAGAUUUCUUUGGUGCUGGCACUGAGACUACUUCUACGACACUCAGAUGGGCGCUUCUGUACUUGAUCCAUUAUCCACAAUGGCAGAAAAUCCUCCAGAAGGACAUUGAUGACGUCAUCGGUCAAGGUCAGCCUAAGAUGGAACACAGAGACAAACUGCCAAAGGUGGAGGCGUUUAUUUUGGAAAUUCAGCGUUUGGCAGACAUAGUUCCCAUGAAUGUACCACAUGCCGCUUGCGAGGAUUUCGUGUACGAGGGGCAUCUCUUCCCCAAAGGAGUCCUUGUCUUUUGUGUUAUAGAUUCUGUUUUGUCGGAUCCUGAAAAUUUCCCUGAGCCUUCAAAGUUUAAACCAGAGAGGUUUUUAGACGAUAGCGGAAGAUGUCAAGGAGAACAGAAAAAUAAGCUGAUACCAUUUUCAAUAGGACGCAGGGUGUGUUUGGGGGAAUCACUUGCAAAAAUGGAGCUUUUCCUCUUUUUCACCAGAUUUCUACAGAAGUUUGAGAUAAAACCAGAGGAUCCCGAGUGUUUGCCUUCUCUGGAUGGAUCAUUGGGAAUAACGCACUUGCCACCAAACUUUAAAAUGAGGCUUUCUAAACGAUAGAAACUUCACAAAUUUAGUACUCCUCCCCCUCCCUUCAUAAAAUAUUAGAAAUUAAUUAUAAAAUUCUAUAUUAAAAAUUAUAGAAAGGCUUUAUAAUAUUGUGGUAAUUUUCUUACUGUAGAUAUGUAUAUUUAUCAUAAAUAUUAAAUACCUACAAGCAACAAGUCUAUAAAAUGAGAGACUUUUAAAACGUUAAAACAUCAGUUCUGAAGUUUAUCUCCCCCCAAAAUAGCAUCAUGGAAAGGUUUUACAAAUUAACCUGUAAAUGCAACAAUUUUUUUUUCUCAUUAUAUACAG